AUGUGGCCAGAGUCAGAGCGCCUCCAUCGGGAAUUCCUCCACUCUUUCGAAGAAACUGGGGCUGACUCCCCCGACGAAUAUGCCUUUCUCUAUCGAUCCUUAUCAAAUGUAUGCACCAAGCAAGGCUUCCACAGCGACGCAGAAGUCUUCCUUUCGAAAUUCUGGGAUUGGUUCCAAAACAGCGAACCAGACCAAGAAGAAGAAACGGUCGAGGUUAUGGCCGAGUUGGCACGAGCUUACGCAAGAACGGGAAAAUUCGACGUCGCGAAUCAGUUCAUAUCCCGCAUGCAGGCCAUAAGCGAGUCUCUCUUUCCUGACGAUGACUAUGAUUAUGAAGAUAAUCGGGACAUUCUUUGCGCAUCCGCGCGCGCAGAUGUCAUGUUCCUGGCCUGUCAACGGGAGGAAGCUGCAGACUUGAAGCAGAAAUACGUGGACCUUCAACCCACCGACUUGGAUGCGGUACUCGCCUUAUUGGACAUGUACGAGACAAUAGGCGAAUGUUCUAAAGCGGCAAAGGCUCUGCCUUUAGCCAUUGGCGCUGCUUGGAUCCUCAAGACGCAGUCAAGCCCGGAGGUUCACCAAAUGGCGAUCGCCAAGGUUGCUACUUAUGAUUCAAGGAUACAUACAGCAAUAGGCGAUUUUGAACUUGCCCAAGAACAGGCUACAUUGGCAGUGAAUCGGGCAUCAAAGUGGGAUCUCGGCAACUUCACCUACGCCGAAACAUAUCGAAACGCUCUCCAAGCCAUGAUGACGUUGUAUGAGACACUCGGACGGGACAGAGAGAGGGAGGAGACAAGACUUAAGGACAUCCUUAGGAACCUAGACAGGAUAUACAGGAAGGCUUGA